GCGCUUAUCCCUGGCCUGUGGAAGGGGUAGAACACCCCGCUGUGACCGGAAAUGUGGGACCCGAUCCGCCAGCCCCGGGCACUGGGCUGCCCGAGGCGCUGGGCUCCAUCCCUCGGGAACUCGCACCCGACGUGACGGCCCCGCCUGCGCGAGCGGCCCGGCAACCUCCCGUGGCAACAGCCCGACUCCAACGCCCGGGCACGGCGGCCAUGAGGGCGGCGGGCCGGGAGCUGCCGGCGGCGGCGGCCGAGGAGCCGGGCAGCGAUGCCCGCGGCGAGCAACCCCGGAAGAAAUGUGUAUAUGUUGAGCCACCUAGGAGAGUAAAAGAAAUACUUGAGGAGCACCUUCAUUUUCAGAAAGAAGAAUGUGAUGUUAAACAUCCAGCUGCAGUGGCUCUAGAAGGAGUUUGGGACGUGAAAAACAAUUUCUCCAUUAGAAGCCUGAAAGCAGUGUCACAGAACAGAAGCAGUUUACUGUUGCACCCUCAAUUCUACUCAAGACAUGCAAGAAUAAAAAAUUGCUGAACUUUACUGCUAUGAAGACUUGAGUCUACUUUGAUGUGUCAAAUCAAACAUCAGAAUGACUAUCUACCUUUGGAAAUGUAGAUCUGUACUUCCAGGAUUUUGAAUAAAAUUCUGCUUGAAUAUGGA